CGGGGGAAAGUCUUAGGUCUUUCUUCAGCAUGGCACCUCCUAGGCGACGCUCUUGAUGAUGAUGAUGUUGCCCGCGUGGUGGCGGACGAGCGCGUCCGCGAAGGAGCCGCGCUCCUUCUUGGGCCGCGUCGCGACGCAGACGUAGUCGACGUCGACGAGGCUUUCCCGCUCGCGCAGCACGUCGAGCGUCGACGCGUCGUCCGCGAUGAACUCGAAGUUCGAUCGCUUCUCGUACUCGCGGAAGCACCGCACCAGCCCCUCCUCGGAGCCGUGCGUCAGGGAGUGCAGGAAGGUCAGCCGAUCAUCCUUCUGGAGGAAGCCGUCGAGGAUCUUCAUGCCGUCGAUGCAGCGGUCCGUCGCGUCCGCGAUGUAGACGAAGUGGCGUUUUGUCGCGUUGACGGGCGCGUGCUUGCAGACGACUAUCGGGCAGAAUACGCUCCUCAUCGACAUGUCCGCGACCUGCCCGACGACCGUGGGGUCGCUCUUCUUCGAGGAGCGGCCGGAGAAGCCGAUGCAGAGCGCCGUCGGAUCGGGGUGCGCGCGCGCGGCCGUGUGCAUCUUGGCGCGGUCGUUCGCAAAGGCCGCGACGACCUUGGACGGCUCGACGGCGGACCUGGGCACGUGCAUGAACUGCCACCUCUUUUUAGGGAGGAACGUCGUGAGGUCCGUCUCCUGUGUUGAUGAUCGACCAGUGAACGCCAUCGCCGCGAUCGAAGGAUAACACACUGGAAGCGCACAUAGCGGUGGCGGAUCGCCGCGGGCUGGUGCUUGGCGUCGUGGCCGUGGCAGUCGGACUCGAUCGUCGCGACCGUGAGGCAGUCCUUCGAGUUCGGCCGGAUCAAGUUCUUGGCGCAGAGGUAGGCCGUGUGCGCCGUCUCCGUGCCGUCGCAAAAGGCCACGACGAUCUGCGGCGCGCGCUUGUCGUGCGACUUGUUCGACGCCCGGACCAAGUCCUCUACCAACCCAACCUCGCCCUCGGGGUGCUUCUUCCGGAGCCGCUCCCGCAGCAGCCACGUGCCCGGAGAGUGCGGCUCGUGCAUGUGCUCGUGCGGCUCGUGCGUCUCGCUGACUGGAUCCGGGACGUUCUUGCGGGCGACGACGCGCGUCCACGACCCGGCGUCGUGGAAGGCGACGGCGAGGCCCAGCUCCUCGAGCAGCGCGUCGCCCGCCGUCGCGAGGGCCGCCUGGUCCUUGCGGUGCUCUCGCUUCAGCGCGUCGUAGCGCUCCUUCGCCUUCUCGAGCUCAUCGCGCGGCACGUCGCACGGCGUUCCCCCAUCAACAUCGUUGAUGGCCUCGCAGGGCUUGGCGUCCCAGUCCGGGCAGCGGCUGGCGGCGCUGCCCAUGGUACUUUUUUGCGGCAGCCCUCUUGUCGACGCUCUCGCGGCGAUGGCGUUGGGUGCUUCGGUGCUGGGGCAGCCCCUGUGUGUCUGCCGCGGCGAUGGGGGCAGCCCUUUGUGACGCUAAGAGCGUGGUUUUGUCCGGAGAGCUUGGGCGCGUUGCAG